GCUCCUUUUGUGUUUUUUAAACACUUCUAUAAAACACCAACACGAAGCCUUAAAUAGGAGAUUCAACAACUCAUAGUAUCCAAAAACUCCCAACAUUAAGAAAAACGACAAAUGGAACCAACUUCUAGUGUUCAUGAGUUACCCUUGAACGAGAACGAUUCACAGGAUAUGUUCAUCUAUCAAGUCAUUAACGAGGCUGAAGCCAUUGAUGGCCUUGGAGCUGGAAAUCCCGCUACCGGUGUUUCCAAAAGUACCCUUGACCCAACUCGUGUCAUAAACAAGAGCAAACAUUACAGAGGUGUAAGGCGUCGUCCAUGGGGUAAAUAUGCAGCAGAGAUCCGUGACUCCAAGCGACAUGGCGCAAGAGUGUGGUUGGGGACUUUUGAAACAGCUGAGGAUGCUGCGUUGGCUUACGACAGGGCUGCCUUUGAGAUGAGAGGUGCAAAGGCUCUUCUGAACUUCCCAGCUCGACUUGUGACAUCGAUGCCGAAAAUUUGCCAAGAAUCAAGCUUGAACGGAAAGAAAUGGAAAGGGUCGUGUUCGAGUAGUAGUUCUGGUGAGGUAUCGAGCCUAAAAGAAAAUUUUAAAGCUACAUCAGGAUCAUCCUGUCAAGGAAAUAUGCUGCAGUUGUUUUGAAGUGUGUAUAUAUACAUUUAUAUAUGCAUUUGUAGGGUAGCAUGCAAAGUUGUAAAAUCUAUAUAUGGGUUUUCUUGAGCUUUGGUACUCUUUCGAUUCCUACUGUUGUAAAUAAGGAUAAAAUGCCUUCUCCUAACAGGGAUACUAUAAUAAUGUUUCGAUAGGAAGAAAGGUCCAGUUUGAACCAUCUAAAACCACACUUAUGGGCUCUUAACUCUUUACUGUUAGAGUAGAGUGCCCGAUGGUUUUAAAUGUUAUAACUUAUAAGCUAUUCUGGCUUCAUAAAGGAUAAUGGGAAAAGAUCUUAACAAGUACAAGAAGAUCACCUAACUUUUUUAUUUGUCUUAA